GAGCAUCCUGAUGUUUUAUGAUCCUUUCUAGGUGCAGUUGGAAUAAGCAGAUCUACUAUAACCACACAAAUCUGCAAUUUGCAACUCUGCUGUAUUUUUUGCGACCGCAUUAUACCAGCGCGCGAAAUGAGUAUCGAUACGCUAUUGGAAGCGGCAAGAUAUUUGGAAUGGCAAGCACAGCAACAACAGAUUACACGUGAGGAACAGGAGCGAUGGGGAAAGCCCUUCAUCACACGGGAGGAGAAGGAACAGAAAAGGACAGAGGUCACCGCCCCUCUGGUGCAGCCUGUUGUAGUCAAUCAUGUGACCUGGAGUGAGGAGCCCCAACGUGAACAACAUCAUCACCCACAUCACCCACCUGCGCCACCUCCAACCCUCCCUCCAACCGUUCCCAUUGCAGUUAUUCCCAUUCCUGUGGUCUCCUCCAAUCCUGCCGCUCCAUCGCUACCACCAGCGUCCAACCUCCACACUGCUCCGCCUGUGCCUGUGGUCACCCCCUUGGCCACAGCUCUGUCCCCACCAGUCACCCCUCUGCUCAGCCCCCCAGCAAAGGACACCCACUCCCCCCCUCAACAGCAGCAGCAGCAGCAGCAGCAGCGACCGCGUCACCUCGUGGCCCAUGUUAAGGCUGAGGUAAACGCUCUUCCUCAGUCCAACAACAGCCAGGUGAAAACACUUCCCCAAGCACAGCAGACGUUGCAGACACAGCAUUUGCUACAACCUUACCCCACCCCCAUCAUCACCACCUCCCAGCAUACACUGCUCCCCCAGCCCCCGCUAGCACAACCACACAGCUUGGCGUCUCAGGGCCCUAGGCCUAACGUCGCCACUACAGAGGAGACACGAAGCCAGGAUGCCAAAAGGAGGCCUGGAGGAGCUGGAACCAGGGAAGUACACAACAAGCUUGAAAAGAACAGACGAGCCCACUUGAAAGAAUGCUUUGAAACCUUGAAGAAGAAUGUGCCCAACGUGGAUGAGAAGAAGACUUCCAACUUGAGUGUGUUGAGAAGUGCCCUACGCUACAUUCAAACUCUAAAGCGAAAAGAGAAAGAGUACGAGCAUGAGAUGGAGCGACUGGCACGGGAGAAAAUUGCCACCCAGCAGAGACUGGCUGAGCUGAAGAACGAACUGAACCAGAGCAUGGACAUUAUGGAGAUAGAUCGUAUCCUCAGACAGACGGUACAACCGGAGGACGACCAGGCCUCCACUUCAACGGCAUCAGAGGGAGAAGACAAUGUCGAUCAGGACAUGAAUGACGACGUUCUUCCUUCUGCCCCCUCCGCCCUCCCCAAAGCCGCACAGGUCCUCCCGCCGGAAACACACGCCUCUGUGCCAACCCCCACCAUCCUCCCUCCAUGCGUCUCCAUCCAACACAGCCCUGCAAAUCCACCCUCCACCCUCUCCCAGCCUCAGACAACCGUGUUUACCCCGCAGGCCAUUGCUCCCGUGCCACCAACACAUGUGGUCGCCUCUCCCCAGCCCACUGUAAUUGCCCAUGCCGCCGUCUCCCAUGCUUCCGUCAUUCAGGCUGUCAAUCACGUCCUCCCAGCGGGGUCCAAGCACCUGGCCCACAUAGCACCCUCUAGUGGCGGCCAGCCCAUCAGCCACAUCACCGUACAUCCCGUGGCCCAUCUGCCUGCUCUCUAUCCCCAGUCGGUGUCUGUCUCUCAGCCUGCUGUGGUGGGCCACAUUACUCACACGCUGGCCCAUCACCCUCAUUCAAAUGCCCAAGUUAACGGUUCGGCGGCUCCAGCCCAGCAGGGUGCAGUAGUGGCUCAUCAUCACCCAGGACUUGUGGGCCAAGCAGUACUCAACCCAGUAACUAUGGUUACUGUUCCUCCCUUCCCUGUCAGCACCCUGAAACUGGCCUGAGAUCAGUGGAGGGAUGGUUGCAGACAGAAAUGAUAGACACUGUGU